AUGCAUUGUACGAAUAUUGCUGAAAUUUCAACAACAACAACAAAAAACAGCGAUGUCCAUGCAUACAUAUCAGCGAAACGUCUCGCUGGAAUGAUACGUUCACUUAAGAAAGAAAUUAUCAAUGAGUUGAAUAUCUGGCAAAAUACUAAUGCUGAAAAUUGCCAGUUGAAAAUUGAUAUUCAUCAUUUUCAGGAAAAACUUAAAGAAUUAAACAUUUUAUGCAUUAAUUGUGAAACGUCCAAUGCUGAAAUUGAACAUCGGAAAAAACGAUACUCGGAACAGCUAACAAAAAUUUCUAAAUUAAUUUCUGAGCAGAAUUUCGAUGCUGCUAACUGGGCAAUAAUUUUGGAUGAAAUGGCAUUUGCAAAUCGAGAAUUAUUCGAGAUAUUACUGUCAACAGCUACUGUAGAACGACGAGCACUUCAGUUGGAAACAGCUGAGGAAGACAAAUAUAGAAAUACGUCAGAAAGACUUAAUUUAAAACGAAUCGAAUUGCGUCAAGAAUUAUAUUCUCAAAUGAAUAAUUAUGAAUCGUUGAGAGAACAAAUUAAUCAAACUGAAAGUAACUUAACAAAUCUUCAGAAAGCUAUUGAUGUAUAUGAUGCUGAAUAUUGGCAAUUAAAUGAUGCAGAACAUAAUCUACAAUCUCAAAUUUUUCAACUACAAGAACUUCUGCGUCAUUCUCGGCGUCGCCGUCGCUUCAAUUCAACUAGCGAAUCAUCCUCUCCACUUACUGAUACUGCUGAUAAGAAUGAAAGUAAAGAAUAUAAAAGUGAUGAGUGUUUAAUAACGAAACGAAAAUUCAAUGCAACAAUUCCGCACCGUAACAUAUCAAAGAAGGAAAAUUUUGAUAACACAAAUGCUAAGAGUAAAUGUCAAGUAUUACCGAAAACAACGCCAGAUACAAAGAGAAAACAAGUAGCAGAUGAAACAUCAGAUUCAAGUUUCAAUAUUCGAUCUGACUUUAUGUGGAAGAAGAAGGAAACUGAUUCAAAGUUAAAUCAACCAGUAUCACCAACUUCAUCGGUACCCUCCAAUACAUCUUCUUUCCUCGUUCAGCAUCAUAAAUCACCAUCCAAACCUAAAUUAAUGAAAUCACAAUAUCAAAAGCAGAUUCAACAGAAAGAUUCAAACUGGUCAUCAUCGAUGGAAUCUUUCAAAACGACACCAUCACAAACGAUGACAACUGAAACUCAACCGAAACGUCAGAAAUCACGGAUAGAUCUGAAAAAAAGAGGGAAAAUUAGUGAAGAAAUGAAUAAAGGAACAGUGGAUGAAAUUGGUGAUAACCAAGAAAGUAUUACUGAUUUGCAAAGUAGUGAAGAAAAUAAAAUUAUCGAUUCAUGUAAAUCUAGCAACUUUCUGGCUUCGGAUGACGAAACAACCGAUUUAACAUCUGAAUCCAUUUCACUUUCGGAUGCAUUACCAUCGAAAACUGAUAUCAUAUCACCGAUUAGCAGUAUUACUAGGGAUCAGGUAAAGAAGCAGACCGAUUGGCGUGAAAAUUCAAAAAUUAUUGGAAAUGCGCAAUGUUUACUGCCAGUUAGGCAGUUGCCUUCAUCAUUAUCUUCGUUAUCUGAUAAUUCAUCUGGACAGGAAACAAAAUUUCGGCAGCUAUCUCAUAUUUCAGAAUCAGAAAACAGUUCUGAAAUAUCAACAAACACUAAUGAUUUAUUACAACAACAACAACGACAACAAAUGAUGCGUCAACCGUCUUACAAUCGAUCGCUAAAUCAGGUGAAAUCUGAUGAGCGACAAUCGAGAAGGUCAUCGUUACUAAAUCAUAAUAUUGAAUUAUGGGAGGAAAUCUCAGAGAGAGCAUUUUUCCGCGAUAUUGACAACAAAAUUUGAAUUUUAAUAUAUUAUGCAAAUAUUUUCAUUGAUUUUUAUCUCUGUUCGCAUUUUAACAUUGUUUGUUACAAUUAUCUCAUUUUAAAAAUGAAUAAAUUAACAAUGAAUAUGCUUUC